AUGACCUCAACCUCAACAACGACAACAGCUCCACUAUGUGGUGCACCUUGCGCCAACUGCGGCAAUAACAAACGCCAACUAGCGAGACCUACUCCUGACCUGCCAACUGCUCAAGGUAGAGGGCUGAUGCCAAGGGAGACAGGCUUGUCAGUCAACGAACUUGCGAAACGAGUGCUUUCGAACCCCAGGAACAACGGUGUUAUCACGAGUCCAUUCGAACUGCAGCAUGGGCAACAGGACCGUACGAUACCCGAAGAAUGGUCAACUGGAUUCAGCUUUCCGCUCGCGAACCAAGCCUCAACCUGGAGCCUUAAAGGUUUGUAUGGUUGCACAUCUGUGAUUGUCAUAUCUCACAAGCGCAUGUUCAUGACACAUUUGUGGGAAUGGCGCUCUUUCUACGAAGCAUGGCAGUACUUCCAGACAGAUGUCUUGAACUUCCUCCAAAAUGGCGACGUUGAAAUGCCGCAGGGUCUCACAGUCUUCAAUGGCGUGGGAGGCGACUUUGAGAAUAUACCAGAGAACAAAGUGCGGGCUUUCAUUGUCACUCCCAAUCAGAGGGAACUCGCCAGUCCAUCUCCUGACAAUUUACUAUAUCCCGAAGAAGUAGACAGGAUUAAGAGUCUUUUGGCCACACUGCUUGGUCGAAAUGAUGCACUUGUCAUUCCCUAUGUCCCCAUGGACGCGGAUCUGCUCAACAGAGUUCCAAACGGCAAGCUCCUGAUUCAGUAUGAUCCUGCUGCCGCAGUUCAGAUACCAGCAAACAGCGGCUGCAAUAUCCAACUGGCAGGCAUUGAGCUGCAGCUUGAACCCUUGACGUCGAUCAAGCGAUCGAUUGCGGCUACUGGUAAGGAGAUACGUUUGUUGAGAGGCAGGGAAGUCGCGGAUGCGGACGAGGAAGAAUGGAAAGAGUACGAGGAUCUGAUCAAGCGCCAAGAUGGUGGUACUUGUGCUCGGCCAAGCAACAGUGUCUCGACUUCGUCGAUUCCACCUUCUUCGUCCCAGGCAUCCUCUACGCCGAAAGUACAAACUUCAUCCUCGUUCCAAACAUAUUUCAAGUCUUCAUCAAGCGACUCUAGCAUUGGAAGCUCAAGUCCGCCAUCUUCGUCCACGAAAACAUUCUCAGCAUCGACAAAGUCCUUGGUAGCACCAGUACCUCCAUCCAAAACAACCGAAUCGAGCCAGCUUAGCACAACGAAAUCGUCCUCAGCAACACUGCCAGCAUCAAUGUCACCAUCACCGCUGCCUCCACCUCCGCCCAAGCCCAAGGCUCCUACUAAAGCAUUGUCUGUAAUGUUCCGGGAAACAGUUGCUCGUGGCGAAGACUACAACACAUGGACCUUCUUUGCAACCAAGCCCAACACGCAAGCCGACGGCUGCAGUGUACCCGUACUCAAUGACGUCUCGCGGCAAUGGACAGAGCCAUUAGCCAUAGGCAAUCCACCAUGGCCACACGGUAACUUUACGAUGCCGCUAUGGGACGAAGAAGGUGAUUGCUCCUACCUGAGCGAUGGCACUAAUCCUGGUGUGCUCUAUUGUCCUAGCAUGGUAGAAGGGACGACCGUGGGAUUCUUUGUCAUUUUCAAUUCUAUACCUCCAAUUCACAUCAUGAGCUUCCUUCGCCCCAUGACAAUGCUCCGCUCGGCAGCACUACGGCCAGCAGCGCUCUCGGCCGCUCCGCGUGCCCGCGUACAAGUCCGCUUCGCGACUUCAGAUUACGGCUCCGGUAAGGGCAACCCAGCUGGAGAGACACCCGAGAAGCAGGGCGAGAACCCUAGCGAGAACCUCGAGCAUCCUGGUCCCCCACCCCCCAAGGUCGCUCAAGGCCAAUCUUCGUCGUCACCGAACAAGGACAGCAACUCGAACCAAAAUGACUCGCCCAAGCCUACAUCAGAGUCGCCAGCUCCUUCCUCAAACAAGGGUUCAUCCGGCAAGCGCGAAUUCUCAACAUCGGCACGCCAGAUGAAAGGCAGCGAGGAGCCAGCUGUUAAGCAGGGCCAAGACAACAAGCCCAGCCCCAACGAAGUCAAAGGUGCGCAACCCAAAAUCCUCAACGAAAACCCACCUGCGCCGCAAGAUGAGAGCCGGGAUGUCAAGGAACACAACAAGGACAUGAGUAACCGGGCGGAACAGGCGCAUGAAAACGUCGACAACGAGGAUGCAGGGAAGGACAAGGUCCCUCAAAGCUUCUGGAAAGGCGAAGGUGGACGAGGUGGCUCUGAAGGCGUACGAGGAUGA